AUGGCAGGUUUGUUUAGUGAAUUGUUGGGCUUCAGGGGAGUCAAUGACCCUGGCUUUUACCUUGGCAUGCCUACUUUAUGGGGUAGAUCCAAAAAGGAGGCUUUGGGGUACAUUGUUGACAGGGUCAAAAGAAAACUGGAGGGCUGGAAACAAAACACACUGUCUCUGGGAGGGAAAGAGGUUCUUUUAAAGUCUGAGGCAGUGGCUAUCCCAGCUUACCCUAUGUCUUGUUUCCUAUUCCCCAAAGCAGUUUGUGAUUCUAUCAAUUCGGGUAUGAGCAAGUUCUGGUGGGGUGAUGAGAAGAUUCAUUGGAAAAAAUGGGCUGAUCUAGGGAAAAGCAAGAGCAAUGGAGGUUUGAGAUUUCAUGAUCUUCAUGAAUUCAAUCUUGCUCUAUUGGCUAAGCAGUGUUGGAGACUUCUCCAAUUCCCCGACUCUAUAUGGGCUAUGACUAUGAAAGCUCGAUAUUUCCCUAAAUGUUCUUUCUUCCAGCUAAAAGAGGCCAUCGUGCCUCUUGGAGUUGGUCUAGUUUGCUUGCAGCUAGGGACUAUUCUUGUUGGUAGCAGGUGGCAGGUGUAA